AUGGGGGAAACUGUCACAGCCAUCAAUGGGGGAAACUGUCACAGUCAUCAAUGGGAGACACUGUCACAGCCAUCAAUGGGGGAAACUGUCACAGCCAUCAAUGUGGGAAACUGUCACAGCCAUCAAUGGGAGAAACUGUCACAGCCAUCAAUGUGGGAAACUGUCACAGCCAUCAAUGGGGGACACUGUCACAGCCAUCAAUGGGAGAAACUGUCACAGCCAUCAAUGUGGGAAACUGUCACAGCCAUCAAUGUGGGAAACUGUCACAGCCAUCAAUGGGAGAAACUGUCACAGCCAUCAAUGGGGGAAACUGUCACAGCCAUCAAUGGGAGAAACUGUCACAGCCAUCAAUGGGAGACACUGUCACAGCCAUCAAUGGGAGAAACUGUCACAGCCAUCAAUGGGAGAAACUGUCACAGCCAUCAAUGGGAGACACUGUCACAGCCAUCAAUGGGGGAAACUGUCACAGCCAUCAAUGGGAGAAACUGUCACAGCCAUCAAUGGGGGACACUGUCACAGCCAUCAAUGGGGGAAACUGUCACAGCCAUCAAUGGGAGAAACUGUCACAGCCAUCAAUGGGAGAAACUGUCACAGCCAUCAAUGGGGGAAACUGUCACAGCCAUCAAUGGGAGAAACUGUCACAGCCAUCAAUGGGAGAAACUGUCACAGCCAUCAAUGGGGGACACUGUCACAGCCAUCAAUGGGAGACACUGUCACAGCCAUCAAUGGGGGAAACUGUCACAGCCAUCAAUGGGGGAAACUGUCACAUCCAUCAAUGGGAGAAACUGUCACAGCCAUCAAUGGGAGAAACUGACACAUCCAUCAAUGGGAGACACUGUCACAGCCAUCAAUGGGAGAAACUGUCACAGCCAUCAAUGGGAGAAACUGUCACAGCCAUCAAUGGGGGACACUGUCACAGCCAUCAAUGGGAGACACUGUCACAGCCAUCAAUGGGGGACACUGUCACAGCCAUCAAUGGGGGACACUGUCACAGCCAUCAAUGGGAGAAACUGUCACAGCCAUCAAUGGGAGACACUGUCACAGCCAUCAAUGGGGGAAACUGUCACAGCCAUCAAUGGGAGAAACUGUCACAGCCAUCAAUGGGAGACACUGUCACAGCCAUCAAUGGGAGAAACUGUCACAGCCAUCAAUGGGAGACACUGUCACAGCCAUCAAUGGGAGACACUGUCACAGCCAUCAAUGGGGGAAACUGUCACAGCCAUCAAUGGGAGACACUGUCACAGCCAUCAAUGGGGGAAACUGUCACAGCCAUCAAUGGGAGACACUGUCACAGCCAUCAAUGGGGGAAACUGUCACAGCCAUCAAUGGGAGACACUGUCACAGCCAUCAAUGGGGGAAACUGUCACAGCCAUCAAUGGGGGAAACUGUCACAGCCAUCAAUGGGAGAAACUGUCACAGCCAUCAAUGGGAGACACUGUCACAGCCAUCAAUAUGGGAAACUGUCACAGCCAUCAAUGGGGAAACUGUCACAGCCAUCAAUGGGAGAAAACUGUCACAGCCAUCAAUGGGAGAAACUGUCACAGCCAUCAAUGGAAACUGUCACAGUCAUCAAUGGGAAAACUGUCACAGCCAUCAAUGGAAACUGUCACAGCCAUCAAUGGGGACACUGUCACAGCCAUCAAUGGGAGACACUGUCACAGCCAUCAAUGGGAAACUGUCACAGCCAUCAAUGGAAACUGUCACGUAUCAAUGGGAGCUUGUCACAGCCAUCAAUGGGAACCUGUCACCUUCCAUCAAUGGGGACAUAAUGCAAUACAUCAAUUGGAGAAACUGUCACAGCCAUCAAUGGGGAGACACUGUCACAGCCAACAAUGGGGGACACUGUCACAGCCAUCAAUGGGAGAAACUGUCACAGCUAUCAAUGGGAGACACUGUCACAGCCAUCAAUGGGGAACACUGUCACAGCCGUCAAUGGGAGACACUGUCACAGCCAUUAAUGGGAGACACUGUCACUGCCAUCAAUGGGAGACACUGUCACAGUCAUCAAUGGGAGAUACUGUCACAGCCAUCAAUGGGGAGACACUGUCACAGCCAUCAAUGGUAGACACUGUCACAGCCAUCAAUGGGGAGACACUGUCACAGCCAUCAAUGGGAGACACUGUCACAGCCAUCAAUGGGGGACACUGUCACAGCCAAUGGGAGACUCUGUCACAGCCAUCAAUGUGGGACAUUUUCACAGCCAUCAAUGGGAGACACUGUCACAGCUAUAGGGAGACACUGUCACAGCCAUCAAUGGGAGACACUGUCACAGCCAUCAAUGGGGGAAACUGUCACAGCCAUCAAUGGGAGACACUGUCACAGCCAUCAAUGGGGGAAACUGUCACAGCCAUCAAUGGGGGAAACUGUCACAGCCAUCAAUGGGAGAAACUGUCACAGCCAUCAAUGGGGGAAACUGUCACAGCCAUCAAUGGGAGAAACUGUCACAGCCAUCAAUGGGAGAAACUGUCACAGCCAUCAAUGGGGGAAACUGUCACUGCCAUCAAUGGGAGAAACUGUCACAGCCAUCAAUGGGGGAAACUGUCACAGCCAUCAAUGGGAGAAACUGUCACAGCCAUCAAUGGGGGACACUGUCACAGCCAUCAAUGGGGGAAACUGUCACAGCCAUCAAUGGGAGAAACUGUCACAGCCAUCAAUGGGAGACACUGUCACAGCCAUCAAUGGGGGAAACUGUCACAGCCAUCAAUGGGAGAAACUGUCACAGCCAUCAAUGGGAGAAACUGUCACAGCCAUCAAUGGGAGAAACUGUCACAGCCAUCAAUGGGAGAAACUGUCACAGCCAUCAAUGGGAGAAACUGUCACAGCCAUCAAUGGGGGAAACUGUCACAGCCAUCAAUGGGAGAAACUGUCACAGCCAUCAAUGGGAGAAACUGUCACAGCCAUCAAUGGGGGAAACUGUCACAGCCAUCAAUGGGAGAAACUGUCACAGCCAUCAAUGGGAGACACUGUCACAGCCAUCAAUGGGGGAAACUGUCACAGCCAUCAAUGGGGGAAACUGUCACAUCCAUCAAUGGGAGAAACUGUCACAGCCAUCAAUGGGAGACACUGACACAUCCAUCAAUGGGAGACACUGUCACAGCCAUCAAUGGGAGAAACUGUCACAGCCAUCAAUGGGGGAAACUGUCACAGCCAUCAAUGGGGGAAACUGUCACAGCCAUCAAUGGGAGAAACUGUCACAUCCAUCAAUGGGAGACACUGUCACAGCCAUCAAUGGGGGAAACUGUCACAGCCAUCAAUGGGAGACACUGUCACAGCCAUCAAUGGGGGAAACUUUCACAGCCAUCAAUGGGGGAACCUGUCACAGCCAUCAAUGGGGGAAACUGUCACAGCCAUCAAUGGGAGAAACUGUCACAUCCAUCAAUGGGAGACACUGUCACAGCCAUCAAUGGGGGAAACUGUCACAGCCAUCAAUGGGAGACACUGUCACAGCCAUCAAUGGGGGAAACUUUCACAGCCAUCAAUGGGGGAACCUGUCACAGCCAUCAAUGGGGGAAACUGUCACAGCCAUCAAUGGGAGAAACUGUCACAGCCAUCCAUGGGAGACACUGUCACAGCCAUCAAUGGGAGAAACUGUCACAGCCAUCAAUGGGGGAAACUGUCACAGCCAUCAAUGGGAGAAACUGUCACAUCCAUCAAUGGGAGACACUGUCACAGCCAUCAAUGGGGGACACUGUCACAGCCAUCAAUGGGAGACACUGUCACAGCCAUCAAUGGGAGAAACUGUCACAGCCAUCAAUGGGAGAAACUGUCACAGCCAUCAAUGGGGGACACUGUCACAGCCAUCAAUGGGAGACACUGUCACAGCCAUCAAUGGGGGACACUGUCACAGCCAUCAAUGGGGGAACACUGUCACAGCCAUCAAUGGGAGAAACUGUCACAGCCAUCAAUGGGAGACACUGUCACAGCCAUCAAUGGGGGAAACUGUCACAGCCAUCAAUGGGAGAAACUGUCACAGCCAUCAAUGGGAGAAACUGUCACAGCCAUCAAUGGGAGAAACUGUCACAGCCAUCAAUGGGGGAACUGUCACAGCCAUCAAUGGGGGAAACUGUCACAGCCAUCAAUGGGGACACUGUCACAGCCAUCAAUGGGAGACACUGUCACAGCCAUCAAUGGGGGAAACUGUCACAGCCAUCAAUGGGGGAAACUGUCACAUCCAUCAAUGGGAGAAACUGUCACAGCCAUCAAUGGGAGACACUGACACAUCCAUCAAUGGGAGACACUGUCACAGCCAUCAAUGGGAGAAACUGUCACAGCCAUCAAUGGGGGAAACUGUCACAGCCAUCAAUGGGGGAAACUGUCACAGCCAUCAAUGGGAGAAACUGUCACAGCCAUCAAUGGGGGAAACUGUCACAGCCAUCAAUGGGAGAAACUGUCACAGCCAUCAAUGGGAGACACUGUCACAGCCAUCAAUGGGAGAAACUGUCACAGCCAUCAAUGGGAGAACUGUCACAGCCAUCAAUGGGAGACACUGUCACAGCCAUCAAUGGGGGAAACUGUCACAGCCAUCAAUGGGGGAAACUGUCACAGCCAUCAAUGGGAGAAACUGUCACAGCCAUCAAUGGGAGAAACUGUCACAGCCAUCAAUGGGGGAAACUGUCACAGCCAUCAUCAAUGGUCACAGGGAAACUGUCACAGCCAUCAAUGGGAGAAACUGUCACAUCCAUCAAUGGGAGACAUCACAGCCAUCAAUGGGGGAACUGUCACAGCCAUCAAUGGGAGACACUGUCACAGCCAUCAAUGCCAUCAAUGGGGAACCUGUCACAGCCAUCAAUGUCACAGCCAUCAAUGGGAGACACUGUCACAGCCAUCAAUGGGGACACUCACAGCCAUCAGCCAUCAAUGGGAGACACUGUCACAGCCAUCAAUGGGGGAAACUUUCACAGCCAUCAAUGGGGGAACCUGUCACAGCCAUCAAUGGGGGAAACUGUCACAGCCAUCAAUGGGAGAAACUGUCACAGCCAUCAAUGGGAGACACUGUCACAGCCAUCAAUGGGAGAAACUGUCACAGCCAUCAAUGGGGGAACCUGUCACAGCCAUCAAUGUGGGAAACUGUCACAGCCAUCAAUGGGAGAAACUGUCACAGCCAUCCCUGGGAGACACUGUCACAGCCAUCAAUGGGAGAAACUGUCACAGCCAUCAAUGGGGGAAACUGUCACAGCCAUCAAUUGGAGAAACUGUCACAUCCAUCAAUGGGAGACACUGUCACAGCCAUCAAUGGGGGAAACUGUCACAGCCAUCAAUGGGAGACACUGUCACAGCCAUCAAUGGGGGAAACUUUCACAGGCAUCAAUGGGGGAAACUGUCACAGCCAUCAAUGGGAGAAACUGUCACAGCCAACAAUGGGAGACACUGUCACAGCCAUCAGUGGGAGACACUGUCACAGCCAUCAAUGGGAGAAACUGUCACAGCCAUCAAUGGGGGAAACUGUCACAGCCAUCAAUGGGGGAAACUGUCACAACCAUCAAUGGGAGAAAAUAUAUAAAAAAUAGAAAAGAAAAAACACAAUAA